CUUAUUUAUCCGAACACCUCUUAAGCCUAUCCAAGUCGAUUCCAGGAGCUUUCCAACCCACCCCCAAACUUCGCCCCGUCUCUCUAGCUCAGCUGGAGGAACUAGGAAGGCUCCAUCUCUUUCAACCCUUUAAAUCAAGAAAGAAUCGUCGAUUAAACACUUCGAAUCUAGAAACCAGAAACGAUUUAAGUGUUCACAACUUCAAGAUCUCUUCUCAAACCCCAAAAGAUCCAGCUGGAAAAUUGUCGAUUCAAUAUGUCUAUUUUGCUGCCCAAAAGCGAUUCCGUUGAAAUCAGGGAGGUAUGGGAUUAUAAUCUUGAAGAAGAGUUUGCUUUGAUUCGGGAGAUUGUUGAUGAUUACCCUUAUAUUGCAAUGGAUACUGAAUUCCCUGGUGUUGUGCUUCGCCCUUUGGCACAAUUCAAGAAUAUAAAUGACUACAACUAUCACACAUUAAAGGAUAAUGUUGAUAUGUUGAAAUUGAUUCAAUUGGGUUUAACAUUUUCCGAUGAGGAUGGAAAUCUUCCCACUUGUGGGAUUGAAAAACACUGCAUUUGGCAGUUCAAUUUCAGGGAAUUUAAUGUUAAUGAAGACAUCUUUGCAAACGAUUCCAUUGAGAUGUUGAAACUGUGUGGGAUUGAUUUCCAAAAGAAUACAGAAGAGGGUAUUGAUGCAAAUCGAUUUGGGGAACUUUUAAUGUCAUCUGGGAUUGUUUUGAAUGGUAAUGUUUGUUGGGUGACUUUUCAUAGUGGGUAUGAUUUCGGAUACUUGCUUAAGCUAUUGACACGAAAGGAAUUGCCUGAAUCUCAAAUGGGGUUCUUUAAUUUGAUCAGGAUUUACUUCCCAAUCAUUUAUGAUAUCAAACAUUUAAUGAGGUUUUGCAAUCAUCUUCAUGGUGGUUUGAAUAAACUUGCAGAGAUCUUGGAAGUUAAAAGAAUCGGUGUUUGUCAUCAAGCAGGAUCCGAUAGUUUGCUUACUUCUCAUGCUUUCAAGAAAUUGAAAGAAAGUUACUUUAAUGGAUCCACUGAGAAGUAUGCUGGUGUUUUAUAUGGUUUAGGUGUUGAAACGGAGGUUCAAAAUUACUAAAAUUUAAGUUUUGUUUUCGGUUAAAAAAUGUUGCAUCUUUAGAUGUGUUUGAUCAUGUUUGAGUAUUGUAUAUUAGUGUUCAAUAACAAGCUUUAAGAUUUCAAUAUAUAUGGUCCCACCUUUGUGUUUCUUGUUUAAA